CGGAGAGAGUCUCGUCCGGAGGCCUAUAUAUACCCAUCCAAUCCGGCCGUACUGUCUCAAACAUCAAUCGCAUUCACUCUUUUGAAUAUUCCAUCCUUAUAUCCACUUCCACCCUCUCAUGUCUUUGAAAAUGCCCCAAUUUGUCCCCCCUUCCCCGGAAGAUGUCGUGAUUGUCGGUGGUGGUGCCAGUGGUCUGGCCGUUGUUCUCCAGCUGGUUGAGCGUCUUCGAAAUGGAAAGACCGUGAAGAAAGUGACGCUCGUCGAUAAGAACAGCAUUGCUGGUCCUGGACUGGCCUAUUCCCAGGACUGCGCCGGUACUAUCCUCAACAUGCCCAAGCAGACCAUGGGCCUCUUUGCCAACAACCAAAACCACUUUAACGAAUGGCGUCAAGAUCCAAAUCUGGAUCUAUACCCCGCACGAACAACAUAUGGCGAGUAUCUUCAGGCCAUGUGGACCAAGACCGUCCAAGACGCCGAGCAAAUGGGCGCCAGGUUCUCCUUUAUCGCCGAUGAGGUCGACGAUAUCGACCGUCUCGACGAUGGCACAUUCUCUCUCAGCUUCAUGGGCAAGACAAAGAAGAUGUCUGCUCGGAAUGUCGUGCUGGCCAUUGGCAACUUCACCUCUGUCGUCAACACUCAUCUGCUCAACAUCCCCGGCUUCUUCCCCUCGCCCUGGCCUACAACCGGAUUGAAGACCAUCCCAACAGACGCCCCCGUCAUCAUCAUUGGAUCCCGUCUGUCUGCUAUCGAUGCUGCGACGAACCUCCAAAGCAAUGGCCACCAGGGCUCCAUCACCUUCAUGUCACGCAGUGGCUGUCUGCCCAAAGUACAAGGCCCUGCCAUUCCCUUUCCCCGUCGCCACAACCUCUACACCACCGCCAGACAUGCGCAGGCCCAGGCCGACAAUGGAGGCUCAUUAGCCCGAAUCAUCAGCGAUGUCAUGGAGGAGAUUUCCCAAGUCACCGGCAACGACUGGAGAUGGCUGUUGCAGACACACGAAUGCCCUCUCGAAGAGUUUGAAGCCGAUCUUGAAUCUGCCCGAGCCGGUACUGUGGAAUGGCAGACGGUUCUGAAGGCCACAGCUCCCAUCGUGGAGCGAUACUGGCGCUCGCUGGAGACUCACGAUAAGAAGCUGUUCAUGGACAAGUUCUACAGUUCCUGGAUGCGAUACCGUCACGGAACGCCUAUCCAGAAUGCAGAGAAGAUCCUCAGGAUGAUGAAGAAAGACCAGCUAAACGUCGUCAAAGGCAAGGAUGUCCAGUGGAAUGGCGAGACCUUCAUCGCAAAGACUUCCUCUGGUGACAUCAAAGCGCCGUAUGUCAUCGAGGCCACUGGCCAGGAAUGCCGUGUCGCUCAGAUGCCAUCGCCAUUGAUCCAAUCUACCCUUCGAAAAGGCCUCGCCACUCCCCAUCCAUUCGGCGGUCUUGAAGUCGACUUCGACAACCUCCGAGCCUCUCCCGGCCUGUACGCCAUCGGAUCUCUCACCCAGGGUACUCACUUCUACGUCAGCUCGGUCGACCGCAUCGCAGAUCAUGCCCGACGGAUGGCUGAUGAGCUGACCGGAGAGCCUCUGGCACGGUCCAUGCACGUUGCUCUUUUCCUCGGUGGCGAUGCAUUCUCCCAUCUCAUGGCCAGCAAGUUGGUUCCCCAGAUCCUCGCUGAAGGCCACAUGCCGUUUGUCUUCCUGUUGCCCUCAAACAAGUCCAGCACAAAGAACUCGUCCUUCCGUGAGCAUCAACUCGCCUUUUUGGAGCAGUCUCUUAUGAAGCAGCACGUCAUCCCCUUCUUGAAUGAUACCCCAGGGAAGAACGCUGCCCAUCUCACUGUCGAGAAGCUAAAGUCCACCUAUGGCAUUCUCGUCCAAGAAGUUGAUGAUCGUGUUUCGGCCACUCUGGAGAAGCAUCAUGUGGAUGUCGGUCUAUCUCUGCAGUGCACCCACAGCCAGACCCUGCCAAAGGACAUCGUCAACUACUUCUCCUCGUCGCGAAGACUUCUCAAUGUUCAUCUUACCGUUCCACCCACCAUCACCUCUUCGUCCAAGCAGCCAACUGAGUCCUCCCCAUACUGUCUGCACGACGUCCAUGACCACUGUGAUCAGAUCCAGAAGGAUCUCAGGUCACUUUCCUUGGAGUACUCCAAGCCGAUGCUGCACUACAAGAACGACACUUUUGCCUCUGCCGUGGAGUUGGCCAUGAAGGCAAUCGACCAUGUCUCUCGCGGAAAGGAGAUUCCAGAGACAUUGAAGCCAAAGCAAGCCAAGCAGAAUGGAUCUGUAAAGGAGACUGGAAAGGUCCAGGCCAAUGGCUCCACCGCAGCAGACGUUGAGAGCCUGGUCAACAUCAUCGUCAAGUCGUAUGCAUCGCCUGAGGAGCAAGGGAUCUUCCACGCAUAUCUGUCGAAAGUUGUCAAGGAGUGGCACGAAGAGAGUUGUCGAGGGAACUGUGUGAUGCAAAAAGUCGUUGUUUGAUUGUUUGAUAUUCCAGUUUAUUUAUAUUUAUAUUCCUUUUGUUUGGGAUACCUAGUCUGAUGAUAAUGAGUGCGAUUACUAUUAAUCUCAUAUAAAUAUGGCAGUUAAAUAUGUUAUGAAUGAUAUUUUCUAUUAAUAUUAC